AUGCCAAAUUUUCGCAUUAAGUCUUAUCUGUUUUUAUAUUUAUCCUUUUUAUUAUUUUUUGAGAUAAUCACAAUAUUCCAUGUUUCAUCGAUAAGAAUAUCCACUGUUUUAAAAAAUGACAAUAAAAAAAAAAAUUUUAACACUCCAUUGGUGGAAGAAAAUAAAAAAUACCUUUUCAAUGAAAUAAAAUUAAAUAAUAGAUUUAAAAAUGAUAUAAAAGGAUAUAUUCAAAAUAUCAACAAUUUCCAUUCAAUAAUAGAAAGUAAAAUACCAAAUUCGUUAUUAUAUGUUCACGAAGACUUAAUUAAUUUUCACAAUAGUCAAUUUAUUGGUGAUAUCGAAAUUGGUAAUCCUCCUCAAAGUUUUAAGGUUGUCUUUGAUACGGGAUCCAGUAACUUUGCAAUUCCCUCAACAAAAUGUGUUAAAGGAGGAUGUACUUUACACAAUAAAUUCGAUAUCAAGAAAUCACGGACUUUUAUGAGCAGCUUGAAAAAUAAAAAGGAGUCCAUCUAUACAUAUAUUCAAUACGGAACAGGAAAAAGCAUUCUCGAGCAUGGAUAUGAUGAUGUGUACAUGAAGGGAUUAAAAAUUAGUAAACAAUGUAUAGGGUUAAUAAUCGAAGAAUCUAUGCACCCCUUCUCGGACUUACCGUUUGACGGAAUUGUUGGAUUAGGAUUUUCUGAUCCGGAUAAUAGUUUCCAAACUAAAUAUUCUAAGUCCUUAAUCGAAACAAUUAAAGAGCAGAAUCUUCUACAACAAAAUAUAUUUUCAUUUUAUGUGCCAAAGGAGUUGGAAAAAUCAGGGGCAAUUACAUUUGGAAGGGCUAAUAGCAAAUAUGCGAUAGAAGGAGAAAAAAUCGAAUGGUUUCCCGUUAUUUCAAUGUACUUUUGGGAAAUAAAUUUAUUAGGGAUAUUGCUUCCAGACAAAAAUUUCGAAAUAUGUUCAAAUAAAAAAUGCAGAGCAGCAAUUGAUACCGGUUCCAGUUUGCUAACUGGGCCAUCAAGCCUUAUGCAGCCAUUAAUAGAAAACAUAAAUUUAGAAAAGGAUUGUUCUAAUAUAAGUAGUUUACCAAUUAUUUCAUUUGUUUUAAAAAAUGUCGAAGGGAAAACAGUCAUACUAGAUUUUACCCCAGAUGAUUAUAUUUUGCAAGAAAAUAGUGAAGAGGAUAAUUCUUCUCAGUGUGUAAUUGGACUGAUGUCCCUUGACAUUCCACCACCCCGAGGCCCUAUUUUCAUUUUUGGCAAUGUUUUCAUUAGAAAAUAUUACACAAUAUUUGACAAUGACCAUAAGCUUGUUGGAGUAGUUAAAAGCAAUCACAAUUUUUAA